AAAAUUCACUGUUUCUCUCUCUCUCGAUGAAGAACCAAAAAGAGCAAAAAAACUCAUCAUUGUCUUCUUCAUCACCAUCUCUAGUAGCAAAGCUUCUCAAUGCUCAACACCAACAUUUCCUUAAUCUCCUUUCUUAUUCCCUAAUUCUAUGUUGCGGCAUAAUCAUCGGUAUCCUUCUCCAUUCCUCUCUAAAUGACAUAUCUUCAACAUCUUCACCCAACAUCCAACGCAUCUCAGAGCUCUUACUCGUCUCCUCUAUUCCUUCUUCUCCUCCUCCUCCUACUCCUACUCCUCCUCCUCCUUAUGAGCCACGGCACAUUGGGUUAGAACAGUUUCUGAGGCCCCCGGAGAAGGUCAUGCACGACAUGGAAGACGAAGAGCUUCUUUGGAGAGCUUCAAUGAGCCCUAAGAUCAAGAAUUAUCCUUUCCCUAGAACACCAAAGGUUGCUUUCAUGUUCAUGACAAAAGGUCAUUUACCUCUUGCUCCGUUAUGGGAGAGAUUCUUUCGAGGGCACGAGGGUUUGUUCAAUAUUUACGUUCACUCCUAUCCUUCUUAUAACCAGACAGAUCCUGAAGGUUCCGUCUUCUAUGGCCGGCAUAUUCCAAGCAAGAGAGUGGAUUGGGGAUGGGUGAAUAUGGUGGAAGCAGAACGUAGGUUACUAGCAAACGCAUUAUUAGACAUCAACAACGAGCGUUUCCUUCUUCUCUCCGAAUCAUGCAUCCCUCUCUUCAACUUCACCACCGUUUACUCUUACAUCACUAAAUCAACUCAAACUCACGUCGAGUCCUACGAUCAACUCGGUGGCGUUGGACGUGGCCGGUACAGCUCUGAAAUGAAGCCACGUAUUAAGCUACGACACUGGCGCAAAGGCUCCCAGUGGUUCGAGCUGGACCGUGCCAUGGCCCUCGAAAUCAUUUCCGACAAAAUUUAUUGGCCUCUCUUUUACCGUUAUUGCCGCAACGGUUGCUACACAGACGAGCACUACAUCCCUACACUCCUCAACAUCAAACCGAAGCUUGGUCGUCGCAACUCGAACAGGACUCUCACGUGGGUCGACUGGUCGAAAGGUGGACCCCACCCAAACCGGUUUAUCAGAUACGAGGUGACGCAAGAGUUCUUGGCGAAGCUGAGGAGUGGCGGUGAUGAGAAUAAGCAGUGUUACCACAAUGGAGAGAAAACGAAUAUUUGUUAUUUAUUUGCUCGCAAGUUCUUGUCCACUUCUCUCGGCAGGUUGCUCAGGCUUGCACCUACUGUUCUAUAUUUCUGAUAGUUCUCUCUCAUUUAAAUAUUUUUUUUUUUCAAUUUGUCAACGUAAUGUUGUAUUCUUUUAAUUCUUCUUUUCAGUUCAUAAAUGAUCAUUUAUCCUACACUGAGAGAAAAUCGUUUGCCC